CGAUGUCUUUGUUACGGAUUAAAUUUGUUUCUAAUUAAACUCGUCUGCUUUCUUCAUAAAUAUUUAAAAAGCAGCUUAAAUUCAUUUUCAAAACACCAACAUUUUAGUUGUUCAUUAGCAAGCAGCAAUGGACAAUCCAGAACUUUACAGUGAUAACAAUAAGCAUAGAAAGCCAGGAGUUGAAGAAUUUAUAAAUUCUUAUGGCGGAAAAUUGAGGAAUAUACAUGAUGGAAAGGAAAUUGCACUUCUUGACAUUGGCAGUGGAUGUGGAAGAAUUUUGAGUGAAGUUUUUGUUGGUAAAAGUGGAUUAAAGUUCCGAAAAGUCAUAGGAAUUGAUAAAAGCGAAGAAAUGGUGAACAUUUCAAAUGAAAAGUACGGAAAUGACUUAAUUUCAUUUCAACUCAUGGACGCUGAAAAGGAAAUUCCUGAAAACUUAAAAAAUCUCAAAUUUGACUUGGUUACAUCAUUUUUCUCUCUGCCCUGGAAUUGUGAUCUUAAUUCAGCAUUCCAAAAUGUUCAGACCUUCCUACAUCCUUACGGCUUUUUGUGCUGUAUUAUUUUACAUGUACCAAAAGCAAUAAUUCAGGAAUUGAAGGAAUCGAAAGAUGAUUAUGUGAAGCAUUUAAUAGAUUUUGAUAAUCUUCCGGAUUCCCAACUUAUUGAUGAUCCAUCUAAAGUUAUCGUACAGAAUUUGAAGAACAAUCGAUUAGAAUUCGCUACUAUUAUUGAUACUGAGGAUGAUGAGUUUGUUUUUGAUGAUUUGGAAGCUGUUAAAAACUUUUUCGGAACCUUCUUUCCAAAUCUAAGUCUUUUAUCAGAAAGUGAAAAAUCAAAACUAUUCGAAAAGCUAUUGACAAUUUUUGGAAUGAAAGUAAAAGACAACAAAUAUGCAUUUGGCAUCCGAACUAUUACCUUUGUUGCUCGAAAGUCACCUGAUUUCUUACUCUGAGACUUGUUGUUGUUGGAAUUACAAUAGUUUAAGUUUCUUUGUAAGGUAAAAUUUCAAAUUGAAAUAAAUUCUCUUAUUUUUUGCAUCCGUAAUUAUUAAGAUUCUCAAUUUUCACAAACUUCAC